AUUGUGCUUUUGAUGGUUAAUGGAAGUACUUUUUUUUUAUUUGGCAACACCUUGGACCGAAUUCAAUUUGUCUUGAUUUGAUUUUUCAUCAUUUCAUUGAAUAAGAAUUAACGUGUCCAGUAAUGGCCAACGAAUUGUCACCAUCAUUUGAUAUGAAUAUAACCGACCAAGAGCUUCGCCAUAGGCUUAUCAAUGAUCACAAUAUUGAAUGUGGUCCUGUAACAACACAAACUCGACGAAUUCUUUUAAAAAAGCUAAUCAAAUUAGAGCAAGAAAAAAUUGUCAAUGAUUCGAAUGAAACGAAUGGUACAUCCAAUAAUGGCUCAAUGAAUGAUGAUCAACAUGAAUAUUCCGGCUUCAUGAAUGGUGACAAUCAUAACGGUGAUCAUGUUCAAAAUAUUAUAAAUAUUCCUGAUGAAGAUAUUUCUUCAGUUGAAACCAUUCAACCAACCAUUGAAAUUAGACGAUCAACAACACGAAGACAAUCUCCUCGGCGCAGUCUACCAAGACGACAAACAAACAAUUCAGAAGAAAUUGAAGCAAUUAAAUCUUUCAAGGAAGUAGAAAAAACAUUGAAACAGCCAUCUUUCCACAAGAAAUCGUCUAAAAGUUUCGGAAUUAUACAACCUUCAAGCGCAAGUUUAAAUAACUUCUCCUCUGAAAGUUCGGAUGACAAUGAUGAUGUCAACGAAAAGGUCAAACUUACUUCAAAUACUCCGAAUUCACAAAAAAUUUCUGGUAUCACAAUGCCUCGAGUAACAGAGAGUCAAACUUUUCGACCGAUUUCAAGUUUAAGUCGAGCUCCAAUCCGUCGUUCAACUAAAUCAACCUUAUUUGACAUUCAUAAAAGUAAUCCAUCAUUAUUAAACUAUAGCGAUAGCGAAUCUGAUUCGGAACAAUCAUACAAAAAAGAUAAAAUUUGCCAAGCGUUGUUGAAUCAUCGUCCCGGAUUGGGACGAUCCCGUCGUACCGAAAGCAAACGUUCAUUCACAUGGAUAUUUACAUCAUUGUUUCAGAACAUAAAACGUAAAUUGUGGCCAUCUCAAAGAACAAGUUCUACGGCAAAUUUUUCAACAUCAUCAAAUUACAUCUCCUGGGCUUUAUUGAUGUUUGUUAUUAUCUUUUUUGUUGUUAUUUUCUCCAUAUAUUUCUACUCAAAAUUCACCCACACUUCAAGAUAUAAUUUGGAUCUAACUGAUUAUACUUUCAUUGAAGAUAAAAAUAAAUUAUUGGCUCCUAUUUGUAAUCAAAACAAUAUCGAUUCACAAAUCGAUUGCCUACAGUUCGAAAGUGAUAAAAAGCCAGCAUUAAAUAUAAUCAAAGAAAUCAAAAGCUUUAUUGACAAACGUAUUUAUGACACCUAUUGUGGAUCAUCAUCAAACCAAGGACAUCUGCCAAAAAUAACCGAUUUAAUAUUCAAACGAAGUGAUUUUGAGAAAGAUAUACAAGCAAAUCUUGCAUCAUUGUCCGCAUCGGUUACACGUGAUGUCAGUCUCCAUCAAAUGAAUUCAAAUCAAUUAUUCAAUCGUGAUAUGUCCAAUGCAUUCAAAUUAAUCAAACUUAAUACAGCAUGGAAUAUCAAAGUCGAAGAUCAUUUCUUAUCGGAACUAAAAUUAAUGCCAAAUUAUAAUGUAAAUUUGCCAUUACAAUGUUCAUUGAAAUUUUUUUGGAAAUCAAAUUUUUGGAUCAUCAUUUCAUCUUUGGCUAUUGGUUUGUUUAGCAUUAUAUUUUUCCUCUAUUAUCGUUAUAGCAAAAAUCUAGAACUGCAAGAACAAGAACUCGUGUACGAAUUGAUUGAAAAAUCUGUAGAACUAUUACAAUCACCAGACGAACCCCAAUCGAUGCCUGUUUUGCACAUUCGUGACACUUUAUUAUCGCCAGCCGAAAAGAAAAACUCUAAAUAUAAACGAGUUUGGGAGAAGGUUGUAAAUCAAAUUGAAAAUUCGGAUUCUCGUGUCAAAGUUGAAUUCAAAGAAAUUGACGGUGAAGAAUUCAAGGCAUGGAAAUGGAUUGCAUCGACCAAUAGUCCAUGUGUUACUGAUAGUGAAAAUGAUAACGACUUUUCGAUUCCUGCUUCACAACAAUCACAAAAAAUUGGUGGCGUUGAAUGGCAAGGACAAGCGUUUGCUUUUUCCAAUAAUAAGGCUAAUCAAUCGUCAAGUACUGAUGCUAUGGAACAAUCACAUUUUCCCGAAAUGAAUCGUAACAAAAAUUUCCAGGCAUUGACCCGUUUCUUGAAAAUUCGAAAUAUUUUCGAAAAAGAAGCCCAAUACGUCGAUUCAAAUUGGAGCAAAAAGAUUAAGAAUACAAUAUUGGAAAAAACGGCUACUACUUCGGAUAAUGGUCGACAUGAUAUUGUUCAUAUUGAAAUCGAUGAUAGUACUAAUGAAGGUUUAGUAUUUCUUAAAUGUGGAUCAGUGGCUGGAGCAACGAAUGCUUUUCAUGCACUACAUGGCUGGUGGUGUGAAAAAAAAUUGGUCAGUGUAAAAUUCCUAAAAGAAGAUCGCUAUUAUCAACGAUUUCCUCAUGCCCGAUAUAUGGAUACGCCAUUGCAAAUUACAUCGAUCACACAAUAAUUUUAUACAAGGUUGAC